UUACAAAAUACAAAUCGUCGUCCGUAAACAAAGUGUGUUGCUAUGUGCAGAUAUCACUGUUGACGACCAAGCUAGUAGUAAAUAAUGUCGACAGACUCCGAAGACUCAGUCGAAGAAGAAUAUUUAUCUUCUGGUAGUGAUGAAGAUGACGUAGUCAGCUCUGUAAAUAACCUAUCCGAUGAGUUGGAGUGCAUGGGAAUAUCACUGGCAAAGUAUAGCAACGCAGAUGAAAAAGAUAAGAUGUUAGAGUCCGUUUUACAAGCUGCCUGGAAUCUACUUCAGCUUCAUCAUUCAAAAAUACAAGAACUGCAUCGUCCUGAUGAAGUUAUCUAUCGCUUAAAGGAUGACUGCAAAAUAUUGAGAGCAAAAGUAAAUCAUCUAAAGGAAAUUAUACUGAAGAAAGAUAAUCUUCUGCACAUAUCUGCAGAGGCAGAACGAAAGCUACAUACAAAAAAUGAAGAGCUUUCACGUGAACUCAAAAAGGAACAGAAUGAAGUUCGCCGACUUCUGCGACAGUUGCAGGAGCAACAGCAGCAAGCAGCUCGUGACACAUGGCGCAGGGAGACAGAUACAAAGUUACGUACUCCUUCACGUCCAUCUGCAAGACAGUCACUGGCAAAAACACCAGAGCCAAUGGAAGAUAGGCUCCAUGAUCUAGUAGAGCAAAAUCUUCAGCUUAAACGUUCUCUCGUUAUGAUUUCCUCUCGACUGUCUGAACUUUCUUAUGGAUUCUCUAGUCUGUUACCAAAAAAGAAACUUUCUUUGGGGAUGAAGGAUCUGCAGUUAGACCUUGAUGCCAAGAAGGAACCUAUUGAUUUUGUUUUAGAAGAUUGUAACACCUCUUGUUCCAAGCGUUUAAAUUUUCUAGAUAAUGUUCUACAGGAUCUGUUAGGUUCAUAACAUGUAAUAUUGAUUUUCGAUGUUCACUUAGUUAUAGAGAAAGACCUAAUACUUUUGUAAUGCUGUUUAUCUGAGGAACUAGCCUAAGCUUGUUUGGUUAUGUUAUUGAUGGAAACAUAUCUUUGCUAAUAUUUUUACAGAGCCAUCUGGAAGAUUUUCUUAUCAUGUCUUUUAGAGAAACAACUUUGUAAAUUAGAUCUCGUGAUGAAUUUUGAUUAAUGUUUCUGCUGUACCAGUCAGUUUUUGUGUAUGUUGUAACACUGGCCAUAAAAGUUACAACUUUCAAGCAUAAAAUCUGAAUGAUGACUCUUGCCCCGUCAGUGAAUGAGUACAACAGUCUAAGCUUUAAUCAGAAGUGUUUGUACUGCAUGAGCAGUGCUUACAUAUAAGAGAUAUUUAAGGUAGAUGUCUGUAAAGGUAUCAUAGAAACUUCUAAAUGUUAGUUCUUGUCACAGUAUUCUAUUGGUAAAUCAGUUUUUCAUGUAAUCACACAGUAUUUAUAUGUUGUCAUUAAAACUGACUUUGUACGAUUGUCUGUACACACAAUGCAGGUUUAAAAUAUCUUAAGUAACACUUAGACCAACUCACAGGAAACACAUUCAACUGUGAGACUUAAAAUCUACUGGCUAAUGAAUUUCCCGUGGUCAUUUUACUACCAUAUUCAAAUAUUGCUGCCACUCUAUUUUCAGUAAAAAAAAAAAAAAAAAAAGCA